AUGUCAGUGGACAGACCUAAACCCUAUACAUUUGUUAUCAGAGGCCUCCAGUGGACAACUGUAAUUGAAAGGACGUUUCAUGUGGAAACAGAGCAAGAAAGGGAAGACUGGGUAGCAGCGAUCAGAUAUGUAGCAGAUAGGUUAGCAAAUGAAGAAAAUCAACAACAAGAACAACCACAAAUGCAACAAUCUUCUUCCUCGGAAGAUGUUGAUAUGGAAUCGUCAGUAGGUGCUAGGUCUGACUCUUGUAGUUCCUUAGGUGUUGUAUCUUCUGAUAUAGACGGUGGUAGUAUCGAUGAAUUAUCAGCAAAGUUCAGUGUCCAAGGAACUUCAAGUAGUAAAAGUACCGGCAAGAAGAAAGUAACGCUGGAAAAUUUUGAAUUUUUAAAAGUUUUGGGGAAAGGAACGUUUGGAAAGUCUUUGAAAUACAGUUUUCAAACGGCGGACAGGUUGUGUUUUGUUAUGGAAUAUGUUAACGGUGGUGAAUUAUUUUUCCAUUUGAGUCGAUCACGGGUAUUUGGCGAAGAUCGUACUCGAUUUUAUGGAGCAGAGAUUAUAUCGGCCUUAGGUUACUUGCACUCGCAAGGCAUUAUAUACCGUGAUCUCAAAUUGGAAAAUCUCCUUUUGGAUAAAGAUGGGCAUAUUAAAAUUGCUGACUUUGGUUUAUGCAAGGAGGAUAUUACAUAUGGAAGAACAACAAAGACAUUUUGCGGAACACCAGAGUAUUUGGCACCAGAAGUACUUGAAGAUAACGAUUAUGGACGAGCUGUGGAUUGGUGGGGUGUAGGUGUAGUCAUGUAUGAAAUGAUGUGUGGUCGAUUACCUUUUUAUAACAAAGAUCAUGAAAAGCUAUUUACGCUUAUUUUAUUGGAAGAAGUAAGGUUUCCUAGGACGAUUAGCAAUGAAGCAAGAGAGAUGCUUGGUGGUAAAUACUACAAAUUUCAAUAA